UGAAGGAAUAGGUAGCGUAGCUUGAAAAAUUAGAACAUUAUUUACGUUCUAUCGCGAUAUUAAGCAUGUAAAAGUUGUGAAAAUUUACCAUCAGCUACCGUGACUGUUAUUUUUCAUUGCAAACCAAGAAAACUGACAGAUCACAACCUACCAUCAUGGCAGCACAAUUCCUAAUUAUCAUUCUGGCAACACUUCCAUUUUCAAAUUCGGAAUACAAACCACCGGGUCCAGCAUAUCCAUGCCCGAAAGAGAAUCUGCAGCUGUUGCAUCCAUGUGUGUGUGAGAAAGGGACAGAUGCUGGGAUAUAUGUGAGGUGUGAAAACACAGGGUUGGCAGUACUGAGCGUUGGUCUGGGCAACAUAGCUGGCUUAGCGCUUCCUAUAGAGAGGUUGGAGCUCAAACAAUGCUCUAUACAGAAUCUAUUUGGUCCUCUCUUCCAUCGGUCAUCGGUCAGGGUACUACACAUAACAGAUGCCCCAUUAACAACUAUUGAUGAGAACGCUUUCCUAGGAGUCAAUAGAACUUUGCAGGAGUUAUAUUUGAAGAAUACAGAGUUAGUUACAUUUCCUAAGGAGGCUUUUAAGAUACUAGGCAACCUAUCCAUCCUGUCAAUAGACGGUCAUCGCAUGACCAAACUAACUAAAGACAUAUUUGCGGGCAGCGAGGCGGCCGGCCGCUUAGAGAAACUACAUAUAACCAAUGGAUUGUUGAAUGAUAUACCUGUGGAAGCUUUUCAGAAUCUGAAGAAGCUGAAAACUCUAGACCUUCACGGUAACAGGCUUGCUACUCUGAAAAGAAACCAGUUUAAAGGUCUACGGGACACAGAAGUAUUAGACAUGAGUUACAACAAUAUAACCAAGCUGGACGGUCAGCACAUUGGGGACCUCACUAAACUCGGGUGGUGUAAUGUCAGCCACAACCUUAUAGGAGACAUCGCCAGGGGUAUGUUUGCGAGGAACACUGUGUUAAAAGUUCUUCACCUGGACAAUAACAAAAUUAAGAAGAUAGAUACUAACAGUUUCAGAGGGAUGAGAUUUUUGAGGCGCCUCUUCCUCCAAGACAACAUGAUCUCAGACGUGGGUCGCGGCGCCUUCUCCGCAGUCACCAGAAUAGGAACAGUUGAUCUGGCCAGGAAUAAGAUCAACAAGGUGGACUACCAGAUGUUCCAGCAGGUCAAAUAUGCUGAGGUUAUAAACUUGGCGGAGAACCAAAUCGCAAUCAUCGAGAGCCAAGCCUUCACAGACCUCUACUUAGCCACCGUCAACAUUUCUCACAACGAACUGACAACCAUCGAAAAGGGAGCGUUCCAAAACUGCCAAAACUUGACCAUGUUGGAUCUGAGUUAUAAUAAAAUUGUUAAUAUCAGUAAAGGAGCUUUUGAUGAGAACAGUUAUGCUGGAGAAUUCACUGUGGCGUAUAAUCAGAUUGUAGAUUUUUCCCAGAUACCUGUACAAAAUAUGUCCGGCAUAAGAGUCCUGAAUGCUUCAUACAAUCAAAUCACCAGUAUUCCAAAAAUGGCGUUCCCGAAACUGUAUGAGCUCCAUACAGUAGACGUUUCACAUAACAAUCUCACAGAGAUACACAAUGCUGUCUUGCAGAAUCUGUUUUCGUUAAGAUACCUAAACUUAUCCUACAACUCAAUGGAAAUAAUCAAGCCAGCGACAUUUGGUACCUUACCUACGUUGCUGCACCUAGAUUUGUCGCACAACAAGUUGCGCGAUCCGUCUCGCGGUGGUCUCGCCAAACUGGCCAGUUGUAGAUCUAUUGAUAUCAGCUAUAAUCAACUGGAGAGGAUAUUCCAAAUACCUAUAAGUUUGAGUGAAUUAAACUACGCCCACAACAACCUAACCGAAAUCAAACCCAACACCUGGCCAACCAUGAACGCGUUGCUCCGCCUCAACCUGUCCUCCAACAUGUUGGCGGACUUGUCGGGCGACAGUUUCGCCGGUCUGCUCACGCUGCAGAGCCUGGACUUGUCGGGCAAUGGAGUCACCACUCCGCCGUGGCAGGCGCUCAACACGCUUACUAGUCUACAGUACUUGUAUCUACAGAACAACAACAUAACGUCCCUAACUAAAGCCGCCUUUGGGAACUUGCCGACCAUCUUCAAGUUGGACCUCUCCGAAAACCAGCUGGUGGACAUAGCCCAGGAGUCCUUCAAGGGUCUGCAGCAGCUGUUAGACCUGUCGUUAAGGAAUAAUAUGCUGGAAAAGGUCACCAAUGAGGCUUUCAAGGGGCUGGUCGCUUUAAGGAAAUUGGAUCUGUCAUACAACUACUUGGAGAGGAUUGACAACAAAACACACGGCUUGUUAGAUGAUUGUCUGUCUUUGGAAAAGGUGGAUCUAAGCCAUAACCGCUUUGGCUUUCUAACCAAGAAAAUGUUCCCCGCGAGUCCUUGGAUCCCAUACCGACUGUUCGAGGUCGAUCUCAGUUAUAAUGAGAUUCCAGUUCUCACCCUGGAUCUCACACUUGGCACUAAGAAACUAAAGAAGCUUAUAUUGAAAGGAAAUAUUAUCAACGAUAUUAGGAAUAAUGUUCUUGGCAACUUAACAUCGCUUGAAGUACUGGAUCUAUCCGACAAUCAGUUGAAGAGUUUAGUCUCAAGGACAUCCGAUCUUCGAUUCAAUCUACCAGAAAAUCUAACCGAGUUGUAUAUACAAAACAAUACGCUGCAAGAAAUGCCGAUAAAACAAAUUGUUAACGCGACCAAGCUUCGUGUGCUGGAUGUGCGGGACAACUUGCUGGACACAUUCCAUCCAGCAUUGGUUAGAAAGAUGAGGGACCAAGGGAUGAAAGUUUAUUUUGAAGGAAACAACCUAAAAUGCGAUUGCUUCACCCGUCCCCUAAAACACCUCCUGAACCACCGAACCACAGACUAUAACAUCACCUGCUCCGAACCCAUAUCUAUGGCUGGGCAGCCUUUAAACGCCAUAGACGAAGAACGGUUACUUUGCGCCAAGAAUAUAGGGCUAGAGGAGAAAAUUGACGAGUUUGGGGGAGAGGAGUUUGAUUUUGAGCUGGAACCUGAUUUGAGCUUUAGGGACAUACAGUAUUCACAAUCAGCAAUCUACGCGCACUGGUUCGUCCGAACAACAGAAGACGUGGCCGAUUUCUUCCUCUUCAUCAUAAACGACAAAGGAAACGUCGUGUAUUCCAACGACGUACCUUAUAAUCUACGUUCUUUAAAAAUUGAUAUAGACAACGAUCUCCAAACGUCACUCAAAGAAAAUGGCGCCAAUUUUGACAUUUGCGUGCAAGCGAAAAAGUCCAACGGUUUCGCGCGCAAACGCUACCCAAGCCAGUGUCAAAAUGUGCCUUCCAAUUUUGAAAGCUGGCCGAAAAAACUGAACGUCGACAAGCGGCGGCUGACGAAGAAAAAGUCGUAUUCUUUUUUCAAAAAUAACGUUUUGAGGUUAGUGAGCGACUCCAUUUUGAUCACUCUGUGCAUAUUUUUGGGAGUGUGCUUUAGAAAAUUGGCGGAUUUUGAGAUUUAAUGUGUACUAUUCAAUAUACUCUGUUUAAUGCGUAGAAAUUUUUAGUCUUGAGUAUGUUGAUUUACUUUCAAGGGUAUUUUAUUAGCUUACAGCUAGAAGUAGUAGAGUGUAGAACUGUUGUUUUGUUUUUGAUUUUUUUCUAGCGUAAAAAAAACAGUUUGUAAUGCUAAAUUUUAUUGACAUGGCCCGAUCUGAAAAUUGUUACACUUCAAAACAUUUGUGUUAAUUUUUUUUUUGUCUAUGUUUUAUUUUAGGAGUCCAAUAGAAAUUACUAAUAAUGUAAAUAAAGUAAUUUAUUUUCAAUACUUCGUAUUCACGCACUGUUUGAAGACAGUCAUGAUCUUAUCAACAAUUUACUUAAUAUUUUAUAUGUAUUUUUUUGUUAAAAUAUAUGAUAAUUAACAAUAUUUCAGGGAUGUGAACCUCCAUAAAAAUUUUAGGUAAGAUUUAAAAUGCUAACAAUAGUUAUUUGUUUUACAAGGGGGCAAAGUUGUUGUUUAACCGCUCGUGCUAAUAUUGAUACCCGAGCAAGCGAAAGAUUGCAAAAUUGAAUCUCAAGCGUAGCGACUGGUUCGAGAAGUGGAACUGGUGAGCUUUGCGAGGGUUUCAAGGCACGAGGGUUAAACAUAAUUUGCCUCCGAGUGAAACACAACAUUUUUCACCACACUAAUGCGAGGAAAAUGAUCUAAAUGAAAUCCAAAUGAACGUAAUUAAAUAUUUAUCAUCCGAAAUCAUCAUUUAAAGUUCAAUUCUACCAGCUAAUAUAAGGAAACGACUCAACAUUUGCAUCUGAUUACUUUUCCCCACAUGUGGAUAAUGUUCUAUAAUAUUAUAUUAUUAUAUUAAUGUUAUAUUAUAUUUGUGUAAUAAUGUUCUAUAAUAUUUAAUAUUUAUUUAUUUAUAAAACGCAACUUUCUCAUUAGUUUUCGAACAGUUUCUAUUUAUUUCAAUUCAUUUAUUUGCAACCAAGUACAAAACACAGACAACUUAAUGCUAGGUGUAGGUACAGUACGUGGACCCUGAUAGGGCGCAGCAAAACCUUAUGUACUACAUAAAACUAGUUUUAAUCUUCACCAGUUGGUGUGGUGAAAAAUAUUUAUUUACAUUAUUUGCUUCCUCUAUUGGACUUCGGAAUAUAUAUAAGACGUUUUUCUACAGCUUUUCAGGAUUGUUAAUAAUCCUUUAUUGAUAUUUUUCUAUGAAACAUACUCAAGACGAAUAAGUGGUUGUAUUUGAAAGUUGUUCCUUAAAGUCGAUGCUUUAAUUUUUGUCACAAUUUUUUAUAAGUAUUAUCACUGCCAGGGUGUUUUUUUAUAUUUUUGUAACUUUUUGUUACCACGUAUCGUAGAAUCUCAAUUUUAAAAAAAAUGUUAUACUAUUUUUUGUAUAUAUACCUAUUAAAUAAGUGACAAAUUUCAUAAAUUGUGAUAUUGAAAUCACAUUUUUUUUGUUUCAAUGUAAAUAUAUAUUGUAGGCUGAAUUUUAUGUAUAGCCAAGCAAGAUGUGUAAAAUUAUGUUAGUUUCUGGUCAUUUUAGUAUCUUAUACCAUUUAAUAGUCUGACACGUAGAGUUGGUUUAGUUCCAUUUAGUAACGAGUUAGGUAUGAAUUUGGUAAAAAUAAUCCCAUCGUAAUCGGUUACAAAUUAUUAAAUAUAUUAAAACUCACGUAUAAGCAAUGAUUUAUAACUUAAGAUAAGUUUUCUCCCUAACACAUUCUAGAUCAUUAGAUUUUUUCAUAAUUCCCAUUCGGUACCCGCUUUUGCAAAUUGACCGCAAAAAUAAAACUUAACUUCUAGCGGCCCGCCAUAGCAGAAAAAUGUACAGUAAAAUUUGAAUUAAAUGAUAUUAGAAAAAAUCGAUGUUUUAUCGUUUUAAAAUUAAACGAAAUAAAAAAAGCAAAGUUUCAUUUAAUAUUGAUUUAAAUGUCAUUGGAGGUAAUUUAUAUUAGUAUUAGGACCGUAGGAUGCUAGAGGUUAAAACUAAUUUUCAAUUGGCUACUUGACAGUUUUUUGUAAAUAAUGUCAAUCGAUCCUGAUUUUCCUGAGGAUCAAAUGUCUAUAUAGGACUCAUGGCAUUUAAGCAACACAAAGGUCAGAAAUGAGAGUUAAAGUCUGACGCUCGCACUCGACGAUUGAAACGCCUCUAAUAAAAUGAUAUUGUAAUGUGACGUGACAUUACAUUAGUCUGUCCUAAAUGUAUGGAAAAUCAUAAUUUUCUAUCUAUUUAGCAAAAUUUUGUUAUAAUAUUCUACAUGUGUCAAAUACCCAAUUGGUAACCGAGUACCAGAUGGGAAUAAGCUGAUUACAAAAUGGAACCGAUCCGUUAAAUGGUCUUAAGUACUUGAGUUUUUACGACAGAGUAUAAAAACAAAAUGCUCAAUUUUAAAACAUAUCACUAAGUGUAAGGUCUGAGUGGACGCUCGAGUCGGGCGUGCAGCGGGGCGGGGCGUGCGGCGUGCAUGUUAAACAAAUGCAAACGUAUAGGAGCGGCCUUAGUGCACGCUGCUCACAUCACGUGAACCAGAUGCCUGGGGGCCUACCGCCAAAACCGAAAAUCGCAAAUUGCGGGGAUCUUUCCCUUUUACUAUCAUUAAGACGCAAUUAGAGUGACAGAGAAAAAUGGCCGCAAUUGACGAACUUCGAUUUUCGCGGUAGGCCCCGUGCACUCCCUGCCGAAUGCUCUUCGAGCGUCCACUCAGGCGUUACACUUUGGGCCACCCCACUAUAGCUUCUUUUGAGCGUCGGCGUCUAGUUGGCGCUAUGGAGAAUGACGUUGCUGCGCAGUUGCGUCGAGCAGCAGCCAUAGAGUUGACGAGACGCCGACGCUCGGGAGACGCUAGUGCGGAGUGGCCCUUACAGUCAGUCAUGGUCAACACCAAUAAUACAAAAUGGCCGAUCGAUUUUGUCUCGUAGAGAUCAGAUGUUAUUGAUUGAUGUAUGUCAUUAGUAAUAAUUUUGUACCGUCCAAAAAAUAUAAAUAAAUAUGAAUAAGUAAUCAUAUAAUUUAUAUGGAUAUUACAUAUUAUAUUGACUUUAUGGUAUUCCAUCUUCUACCGGGUAUUGUGAGAUAUAUUUUUGUAUAGGUAUUAUGGCAAAAAGCCGUGAUAACGCGAUGAUGAUGAUGAUUAUGAAUAUUAUGCGAAAAGUGCCACAAUGUAACAUUAAAGUAUUCCUGUGAGAUCUGAUUUAUUUUAUUAUUGUUAGAUAUGUAUAUACUUAGUAGGGGAAAUCAAUUCAACUACUAUGAAAUAUUUUUAACAAAAAACUGUCAUUAAAAAUGUGGUUGAAUAGGAACAAUAUAAAAUAUAUAUGAAAUAUAUGUUAUAACAAUGAAUGAUCCUAUAAGCACAAUGUUUAACUGGUAGAAAAGGCCUCGAAGCGUUAAGGCACCGUUGUUUUGUCGACAAUCUUUUCAUCGAAUAUUAUUUCAUCGACAACGAUUCAUCGAAACUUUAGUACUAGUCAUAUUGUUUGGCGUUAUUUUAUUUCAAAUACUAUUUAUUUAAAUUUAUCUUACUGCGUAGAAAUACUAUUUAACGAAUAUUACUUAAUCGCUGAUUUGUUUCAAAUUAACUUAAUUGGCAAAACUACAAAACAUUGCAAUUCAUUUCGACGACGUUCCGGACCUAAUUUGAAGUAAGUCAUGUCGUCAUUACAUUGCAAGUUUGAGAAAAAAAAAAUACUCAACGUAUUACAGUUAUUCAUUUGUUUACUGAGGAGUAAAUAUGGGUACUAAUUAAGCUUAGAAUAAAUUUAAAAAUGGAAAAAUUACUGUCUUGGGUUAGACUUACACUCACGGCCUCUGGCCUCUGAGUUCAAGUCUCACCCAAGACUGUAAUUUUUCCAUUUUUAAAUUUAUUCUAAGCUUAAUAGCAUCGUUCGCAAACGUUUCUGCUUGUUAAAAAUUAAUGGGUACUUAUUGUUGUAUCAUAUAUUUUUGAAUCGUUUUACUAUAGGAAAAAAUUAAAUACCGUCCGAUAUUAUACAUUUUUUAUUACAAUAAAUAUUUUUACAUCUUUAAA